UGUUUGCAUACAGUGCGUGUGAGCGGGGCAUGUAUGGGUGUGAUUACACUAACUGAAUAAACAGCUCAGGGCACAGUUUCCUGAGUGAAGCUGGAGGAGCACAGCACUGAAGCAGACUUCCCACAGUAAACCAAUGGGACAGUCAUAUUCUUAUUCUACAUUUGUAUCACUAUUCUCUUGAGACACUGGAAGUCGGGGUUGACAGAUGACCAUGGAUGCCAGAAGUAGCUCCUCUUGUGUCAAAAUUUAUUUGAGUUCCAACCCUGAGGACAGUGUGGUAGAGCGCAGAGCCUUGAGAGAAGGAGUUUUUUCUAGUUUUAGAGAGCACUGCAGACACACACUGGGUCUGGAUGUCAGGGUCAUUGACCCAUUUGAAUCUCCUGAUCUCAGUAAAUGGCCAGAUGAGAAAAGCAGAAAACAGAUGAUCAAAGAAUGCAGAGAGAGUUCUGCUGGUCCAUUUUUACUGGCUCUGGUUGGACAUGAGUAUGGGGUAGCUGCGUUGCCCUGUCAGCUGGAGGUGCAGGAGUACCAGAUGCUGCUACAGGAAAGCCAGCGGGCCGGGCUGAGCACUGCGGAGCUGGAGAGAGUCUACACCCGAGACGAGAACUCCAUCCCGCCCUCCUACCGCCUCCAGCCUCAGGCUUCAAAUGAACAGGCCACGUGUAAAAACGUGUUUCAGACUGCUGUUGAUCUGUGCGUCCUCAAUGGGAAGAUGACUUCAGAGAAAGCUCAAAACUACUGCAGAUCAACCCUAGAUGUAGAUUUGCGGUACGCACUGGAAGACAAUGGUCACAAAGACAUCAGUGGACGCUGUCUCAUCUACAUCCACAAAGUCAUCAUCAGUGCCAAGGACAAGUCUCACCACCAGCCAAAGUUACAGGUCAAUAUGGAUUCUGCCAUGUCCACUCUCCUCACUCCUGAAGCGUUACUUACAGCUUUAUGUGACAGCCUCCUCAGUCUGGUCUUACCGUUUAACCUCCAAGUCUACACGACCACGACUGAAUGUCCCCUCUCUUACACCCCAGCCCGAAGAACUUGCUAUACCGACUCCCUGUGCCACCAGGUGACCUCUGACCUUGAGAAGAUGACGGAACAUUUGAACAUCUCUUUUGAGCUUCUAUUAAGUGAUGCAUUUGCCAGGGAGCAGUUAGAGCAGGACGAAUUGUGCAACGUCAUCUCUCAGUGUUAUGAAAUUUAUCGUCCUGAAGAAGAGAAUAUCCGAAACUUUGUGCAAAAUGAACAAUGGCGCCCUCUAGUGAUCACAGGAGGGCCAUGCACGGGAAAGACAGUGCUGCUGGCUCACUGCUCUGAACAGAUAAAAUCAUGGCUCCCUGAAAGUGAUCCAGUGGUGAUUUCAUAUUUUUGUAGUCUGUCUGUCAAUCCUUCACCUAAACAUCUGCUGUCCAGCUUGUGUUAUCAAAUUGCAAAACGUUACCACAGUACCAAAGAUUAUAUUUUAGAUGCUCCUCAUACCAGCUCAACCCUCAUAGAUCUUCUGAAUUAUAGAGUCUACACAGAUUCUGACCUGACCCUUUCUGAGCAAAAACAACACAUUUUAUCACUGAUGACCUUGUUGCCUUCUCCCAAACACCCUUUAGUUAUCUUUAUCAAUGGGCUGGAUCAAAUGGACUACGACUAUGGAUGCCAAGUUAUUGAAAGUCUUCCAUUUCCACUUCCUCCCAGUGUCAAACUUCUCCUUACAGCCUCCUCCAAACAAAAACAUAUAGAACAAGCUGUUGAACUACACUACCCACAGUGCACUCUGAGUUCUGAGUCUGAAGCUGGUAAGGAGUUGUUCAGUUUACAGUUAGGUCCACCAAACAGGAAAGAGAGUGUGAAGAUGCUGACUUCUCUGUUAUCUGCGUCCGGGAGGAGGAUAACGUCUGGACAACAAGCCCUAGUGAACCAAGCACUUGCUACAUGCUGUCUGCCGCUUUAUGUCCGUCUUUUGCACAAGCUAACUUCACUCUGGCAGUCAGACUCUGAGGUGAGCGAGUCAACCCUCCCUGAUGGAGUUCAUGCCGCUAUCUCCACACUGCUGGACCAUCUAGAAUUGAAACAUGGCUCCCCUUUGGUGUCUCACGCUGUCUGCUACCUCACCCUUUCUAGAACUGGACUCACAGAGGCAGAGCUAACGGAUCUACUGUCUAAUGAUAACAAAAUAUUAGCUCACUACACGAAACUCUCUCACUGCCCUUUGCCUAAGAUGAGGGUCCCCCAGGUUGAUGUGGAAAAAGUCCUCCUAGAUCUCCAGCCUUUUCUACUUAGGAGGACAGUCGCAGGCUCAGUGGCUCUGUUUUGGAUCUCCAGGCACUUUGGGUUAGUCAUAACAAAGAGAUAUUUAGAUUCUCCAACUGCAAGAAGAGAGUUUCAUUCAGAUAUGGCAGACUAUUUUAGCGGCAGGUGGUCUUGUGGAUGCUCUAAACCAUUAAAUCAAGACAAUAAUGAUGCCAAACCAUACAUAGACAGGCAACCAUCCAGUCAGCCAUUUUUCUUCAUGUCUUCCUCUAAAGAAACUGGUAAUGCAAACUUAAAAAAGAUUCUCGAGCUGCCGUAUCACUUGAGAGAAAGUAGCCAACUUGAGGAACUACGCAAACUUGUACUGACACUUGAAUUUCAGCAAGCAAUGAUUGGAUCUGAUUUGGUUGUAGAUCUGGUAGCCAUGUUGGAAAGGAAUGAAGAAUUUGGCAAAGAACACCCUCUUUUGGCAAACAUUCUAAAGUCAUCUAUUUGCUUUUUGAAUAGCUUUCCCUUGGAGAUACCUUCAGUGAUGGAAUUGGUGCUUUUGCCUUAUAAGAGCAUUUUCCCUAAUCUUGAAGGUUAUGCCAAUGCGAUACAGCAAGAGAGAAAAAAGAGAGGUGUAAGCGUCUUACUUCACCCAGCUCCGUCCACAAUUCAUGCUUUUAAAUGUGUAAAGUCACAAGUUGAAGACAGAAGUCUCAGAGACGCAAUUGCAACUGAAUGUGGGACUGUAGUACUAACUAUGUGUGAUGGUUCAGUUUGGGUUUGUAAAAGCAAUGCAAAUGAGCUAUUCAAACUCACAUUGAGCAGUGAAAAUGGAGACAUUACAUUUGGAGGACUUCACAGCAGUGGCCAUCUCAUUUUACUAUCUUCUUUUAGCCACAAGCAUUUCUUAUGGGAUGUCACUGGAACAGAUGUUUUGCUUGAAGUCAAAGAUUCAAACAAAACACCAAAAGAAGUUGAAAAUAUUGUUACAAGUCAGGAAAAUUUAUGUAUCCAGUGGAAAGGCAAGCAUUUUGUGAGUGUUUACAAAAUUUCAAAUGGCAUAUUGAACCAUUUCUGUUGUCAGAAUCUUGUUACUUGUGUUGCUUGUUCUUCUACCAUGCUGGUUUGUGGUCAUGACAAAGGCACAUUGUCAAUAUUUGAUAUCAAAACCACAAAUCUUCUUCAGACUUGUUCCAACUCCAAGCUAGAAACAGUUGUAUCAAUCACUGUAUGUUGCAAAAAACAGCGAAUUGGCUGCAUUGAUAAUACUGGUUGUACAACUCUAUGGGAUGUUUCAACUGAACAGCCCAACCUUGUGAAAGAAACAUUCCUGAAAGCAAAAUCAAAUAAUAUUCUUAAUACAGACUAUGCCAGUGAAACGCAUGCUUUUUUGGUGUGUCAGGCAAAACAGAUAACACUAUGGGAUACGUGUGAAUGGGAAGUUAGUGACCAAUUCCUAGCUCCAAAACAAAAGGCCUUUAAACAUGCACUUUUAUCACAAGAUGGGCACUUUCUACUUGCUUUACUAGACACAUCCUCAUCUGUUCUUGUGUGGAAGCUUAGUACCGGCGAUUGCAUUUUGCCUUUAGAAACAUUUCGGGUACCUCAUAGGCUUUUAAAAACCACAUCUGACAUAGUUUGCGUCAACCACGAUGGCAGCAUUGCAUUAUGGGAUUCAGAAAUGAUUCACAUUGCUGGCAUCGCUUGCAAAAUGGCUUAUGGAGUGAAAGAAGUUGUUGUUGAAGGAGAUGGGAAUGGUCUCUUUACGAGCGAUGGGUCUGAUACAGUUUGGAAAUGGACUGUGGAGAUGGGACAACCUUGUGCGCAUGUUUUACAUUGUAAUCCAGUUGAAAAAAUGCGUCUUUCUCCCAAUAAUGCCUAUCUUGUCACUCUCUCAUCUGAGGAUAUUUACAUUUGGCAAACAGGAAGUGGCCAGAACAUUGUGCGAGUAGGUGGUAGCAGAGUGUCAGACAUUUUGAUCACCCCUAAUAGUAAAUUUGGGGUAAGUCUAAGUGAACAUGGCCUAUCCCAUGUGUGGAAGCUUGUGAGCGGUGCUACAAUUUGCACAAUACAUCUUUACCUAUCAGAUGCCCAGAUAUCAGCUGAAAGCACCUUCCUAAUUGGUCGUCACCGUGGAGAAUUGCUCGCGGCUAAUUUAUGGUCUGGCUCCAUCAACAAGCGUUUUUCUUGUGAUGAAGUUUCAGAGAUCAUUGGAUUUCAAACUCUUACAAAUCAUCCAAACUUUGUCAUAGUCCUACUCACUUCAGGGUCACUGUACACAUGGAAUGUAGCUGAGGAAACUGUCUGCAGGCACUUUAAAAUACCAUUCAAUUCCCUGCCAAAUAAUUUCAAAAUGUCAGGCAAUGGAAACUACACAUUACUGUCCACUCAUCAUGAAACACUCACUGUUUUAGAUAUGUCAAAAUUCCAGCUGUGUUCCAUUAAAACCAGUGGGAAUGUCAUAACAACAUGUUUGGACUCAUCUGGAUGUUUUGUUAUCUGUUGUUCAAGACCAAAAAGUAACUGUGAGUGCUUUCUCCACACAAGGCCAAUCCUCUCUGUAAUUCGGCUGGAAGAUGGGAGCACAGUGGGUAGUCUGUAUCUUCCUAAAAGUCCAUUAAGUUUAGCUGUGAUCGGGGACCUUUCUGUGGCUGUGGGGUUUGAGGAUGGUGCAGUUGGAGUGUAUUCUUUUAAUGGAGAGAAGUCUAUAAGCAGAGUAGAGAAGUCACAUUUGAGGAAAUGUCCCAUAGAUCAGGCUCCAAGAACAUGGUUGCCUCUAACAACACCAAACAUUCAGUGGUCCUAAGAAAAGCUGUUUUACUUUUUUUUCUGUUUGUAAAACCUUACUAUAUCUCUAUAUCUCUGUUAGGUGUAAAUUUGAAUGUGAAGAAGAAUGCUUGGUAAACAAACUAACUAAUUUUUUUUUUAUAUGAGCAAAGUAUUCCUAUUAUAUUAAUAUUGUCCUUUUAUUUACAGAUUUUGUAAUACCAUCAUGGACAGAAACAUAAAAAAAUAAAUGACAUUAACAAACAUGAUACAUUUAAGGGAGAGAUGUGCUGAAAUUGUUUCUUUAUCCUCGAAACCCUGUUGCCUUCAUGGUCAUUGGGGAAAUUUUGCUUUUUACAAAACGGCAAGGCUAUAAAUAGUUACGCAUAAGUAUUUUCUAUAAGCCUAGUUAAAUUAUUCGAAUUUGAAAAA